GCAAACGGCCUUCCGCUUGCGUCCUCUUCCGCUCUAUCAGGCUCGCGCUGGCCAAUGGGAAGGGGCGGUAAGGCAGGAAGGGGCGAGAUCUUCCGGCGCGAGGUGGAGUCCGGCGUGGUGGGGAAGCAGCAUGUUGCGCCGGGAAGCCCGCCAGCGGCGAGAAUAUCUUUACCGCAAAGCCCAGGAGGAAAAGCUUCGGGCGAUCCAGGAGAAGAAGGAAAAAAUUAAAAAAGCACUAGAUGAGAACUGCCUCAUCCCCACGGAAUUGCGGAGGGAGGCUCUGGGGCUCCAGAAGGCUCUCGAAUUUGAUGAUGGGGGUGGAGAAGGUGUGAAAAGCCACAUGGACGACGAGUACCGCUGGGCGGGUGUGGAGGAUCCUCGCAUCAUGGUCACUACCUCCCGCGACCCCAGCUCCCGCCUCAAGAUGUUUGCCAAAGAAGUCAAGCUGGUUUUCCCUGGGGCCCAGCGUAUGAACCGAGGCCGACAUGAAGUGGGGGCCCUUGUCCGCGCCUGCAAAGCGAACGGGGUCACCGACCUGCUGGUGGUGCAUGAGCACAGAGGGGUCCCAGAUGGCCUCAUAAUCAGCCACUUGCCGUUUGGCCCCACUGCCUUCUUCACGCUCUGCAAUGUGGUCAUGCGCCACGACAUCCCAGACAUUGGCACCAUGUCAGAGGCACAUCCACACCUCAUCUUUCACAACUUCACUUCCCGUCUUGGGCAGCGGCUCACCAGCAUUCUCAAGUACCUGUUUCCAGUGCCCAAAGAUGAUAGCAAACGGGUCAUCACCUUUGCCAACCAAGAAGACUACAUCUCCUUCCGGCACCACGUCUACAAGAAGACCGACCACCGGAACGUAGAGCUUACAGAGGUUGGGCCAAGGUUUGAGAUGAAACUAUAUAUGAUCAAACUGGGAACCUUGGAGCAGGAGAGCACAGCAGAUGUGGAGUGGCGCUGGCACCCAUACACUCGCACAGCUAAGAAGCGGAAAUUCCUCAGCGUGGAGUAGCAUGGACUCCACACUGCCUCUCUCUUCCUCCUCCUCAAGGAGGCUGUCCACUGCCUGGAGCCUGGGGCCUUUGUGAACUGGAGUCUUCAAAUUCACCCCAUAAACCUGUGCUUUCUGCCACUGAAAAUCUCCUUGGCCCAUGCAGACAAAGGACACAAAAACCCCCCAACUAUGCCAAGCAUUCUUAGAUUUCAUGGAAUCUUUGAGUUGGAAGGGACCCAAGGGUCAUCUAGUCCAACUCCCUGCCAUGCAGGAAUCUCCAUGACAGAUUCCCUCUCCAGGCACAGAGCAUUCUACCUGGGGUUUUUUGUUUUUGUUUUGUACCGGGCGGGGCAUCUUGGAAGCUUGCUCUCCUGCUCUGCAUCCCUGUUCAGUUGUGGGUUUGGCGCACACAUACUGGGCUACAUAUUACAGUGAGCCCUGUCAUUCCUUCCUUCCUUCCAAAAACAGCAUCAGGGGAAUGGAUGACGAGGGCAGCAGUGGUCGCCAAGAGAAGGCCCACUUUGACGCCCAUUCAAGCAGUCCUAGAAUGAGUGAAGAUGGAAUCGCUCCUAGUUGCUGUUAAGGAGCAGGCAGGAUAGAAAACAUGGCCUUGUCAAACCUGGUGCCUCCCAGAUGUUGCUGGACUACAACUCUCAUGAUUUCUGGCCUGAUAGAACAAAUGGAAUUACUUUUCUUUCUCUGUUCCACAGAGUAAGUCAACUUGGCGCAGCUAUAUUUCCUGGAAAUGGGAGAAUGGCUAGUAGAAUAGAUUUCAAUGGGGCCCCAAAUUCUUCCCUGCCCCUUUGUUUUGCUCUAGUUUUGUGAGAUGUAUUUCUCAUCUCUCUGUUUCACAGAAAAUGUUUUUCUUGGAGAGGAUCCCAGAGUAGGCAGGCUGAUUGAUGGAAAUUGGGGAUUGUGGGAGGAGUUUUACAGAGUAGCGGAAGGGAGGGAAAUUGGCAUAGAAUGCACCCCUAGGUGAUGUGGAAUGCUUCCCUUCUGAUGGCUGUAUCAGCCAAUGUGAUGGAGUUCUAAGGGAUGGGGGCAGCAACCACUCCCCACCACUGGUAUUUACAGAUUUUUAUACGUCCAUCUUCUCUUCCUGGUGCUUUCCUCUAGGGCAGUUAAAUCAUAGGGCAGGGGUGGCCAACUCUCAAGAGACUGCGAUCUACUUUCAGAAUUAAAAACUGGCAGUAAUCUACUGUUGAGCUCUUUUUUGGAAGGAAAGCCCCAAUUUGGGGGUUCAAAAAUAGCUUUUGGGGGGCUUCCAGUUUUUUGGGGGGUAAAGGCAAGGGACAAAGGGGUAAACUCACUCACAAGAAGAUCGCUAUGGAUGAAAACAGCAACACAGAGAAAGCUCCGUCUUCCCUUCCAGAGAUCAAACAACAAUGGAGGGCGAGGCAGGAGUCAGUUUUAGCGACACUAAGGAAAGGGAGCCAGAGAUCGGCCGCAAUCUACCAAAACCUCACAGGGAUCUACCAGUAGAUUGCGAUCAACCUGUUGGACAUACCUGCCAUAGGGCAUCUAGCACUGCCUACAUGGACUCCAAAGUGGCAUGGAUGUGAGCAUCCCAAAGCCUGGGUAGAUCAGAGCUCUUGUGUGUUUACUUUCCAGGAAAGUCAGACAUCCAGGAAGCUUCUAGUUCUCCAGCAAGAGAUUUGGAAAGAGCAGAGCAAUUGAACAUUCAGACUAAAAAGAAAAAAAACCAAAACAAGGACAGUAACUGGUGCAAGGGAGGAGCUCCAUCUUCCUUCCUCAUUCUCCCCAGCCUUAUGAGUGCAAUCUUUUGACAAAAGUAUUCUGCAUGUGAGAAGUAAUAUGUUGCAAUUGGAACACCCAGCGGUGGGGGGGGGGCGUUCCCUAACCCAAUGAGCUAAUUUGAAGUGCUGGUGCCAGGCCUUGAUUUUACCCCCUCCAGAUGGGAGAAGAACAAGAAUCCCAAAGGCACCAAAUGUCUUCCUUCCAUUCCUUCCCAUUCCAUAGACUAGGUUGCAGAAAUGACUGUAGUAAGUAAGAGGAGAAAUGUAAAUUGACAUAAGAUGGGGCAAUCAGGCAGACUCCUGAGUGGAAUGGAUUUGCUCCAGUGGCUGUUGAUAAAAGCGCAAUUCACAAAUUAGCAAAUAUUGUUUAAUGGGAGGAGGGAUGUGCUGUGUUGAUGGUUCCUGGCAUGGGGUACCAGGCUUUAAAUUUUGGCGGGCAAAACUGCCCUGGCCAACUAAGAGCCGCUCAAGAAGCUGGUGAAGAGAAGGUGGCUGCCAGGUUCACACAUUCCUUAGCUGGUGGAUCCCAACAUUUCGAGCACGUCCAUAUCCUUCUCUUCUGGUAGAAAAGUCCUGGAGUAUAGUGCAUGCAACUGCUGCUGCCUUUUGGUCCAUGGCCCCAGAGGCACAAUUUGCUGGUGGUUAUUAUUUUUACAGUUAUUCCCUAAGGAAGUGGGCAGGCAGCAGUAUUGGUCCCGAUCUGUAUUGCUCAAUGGCAGAAGCCGUGUCCUUGUCACUCUGUCAUGCUGCCUAGAUGCGACUCCAUUCAGCAGGAGGGUCUCUUGGUCCCUUGGGCUUCCCGAUGCGGAAGUUAAACCCUGGAGGGGCAAGAGGAGAUGGGCAAAGCACUGAGAGGUUUGUUCUAUUUCUUUUAUGAUUCCCUCCCCUUCACAUCUCUGAUGGCAAUUGUCCUUUUGUGUAUUUUAAGUUUAACACAUGACAGAAUGUGGAGAAUCAUGCAGUCCUCUUGAGCUAUCUUUAACAACUUCACUCUCCUUUCCUCCUAACGUGGAUUAUGUUGGAGGUGUUUGUAUAUCUUGGUGUACCCAUAAAAAUGUAAGGCUGUCA